AUGCCGAGGAAGAGUAAGAGGUCACAGGUUGCAAGCCAGCGCUGGCAGAGGUUUCAUGACAUUGACCAUGUGAGUACUGGACAAGCAGAUGGUAUUCCUCAGAGCAGUGGAGAGGUAAAGAGGUCUGAAGUAUCUGAUGCUGUGAAACAGGGAGGUCAAAGUGCGUCAUGUCAACCACAGGUAUCUUAUGCAGACAUGCUUAAGAGGAGACGUGUAAGUGAGUCACCUGCAGCAGGUCCUUCUAACUCUCAUCAGGUGAACUACAUAGCCCAAACUGAAAAGCCAUGCUCAACCCAGGUAUCACAUGCAGACACUGUUAAGAAGGGAAACCACAGUAAUUAUCAGUCUGUAUCAGGCUCUUCUCGGGUAAGAAAUGUUAACGCUGUUAGUCAGUCAGGUGAACAAAGCGUCUGUGCGACACGCAGCCAAGCGUCUCUGAAAUACGGCCAAUCCAGAAACCAGCAGUGCACCUGUAACUCACUGACAUUUCUAGCAUUCCUGUAUGAGAAUGAACACAUCACCAGAGCAGACCUGGACCGUGUUUUGGAUAAAGGUGAUGUGAUGUACAGAGAAGUCAGAAAAACUGUUCGUGAUCACAACCAUCUGACAACCGAUGAGCUCCCUGACCAGGUUCCUGCCCGCAGACACAUGCUGACUGUUGACAAGUUACAGCUGUCUAGAUACGGUACGUUUGGAGAUCCGGAUCCCGGAGCUGUUGAUACCUUUCUGGACCUCGAGAUGGGACUAAGCUGCUUAUUAUCAGAUGUGCAGUAUGCUUUGCUGCUAAUGACUUCGUUGUGCAUUGCAGUUUUCAGAACCAGAGAUGGCAGGUACGGUUUCUUUGACCCACAUGCUCGGACAGCUAACGGUUUGCCUCUGCUUAAGGCCACACCUACUCCUGGAACCGCUGUCAUGGUAACAUUCAAACGACUCAGUGACAUGAUUCACAGGCUCAUCAGGUAUCACCAUAUAUUGGGCACAGCAGGGUCCUGUACCUAUGAGCUCAAGCCAGUUGUGUUCUGUGAUGUGAACCCAAGUGAUGCUAUCCCAGCCACAGAAAGUCCGUCCACAAGUCCCUCUGUCAAAACCACCGUGAUAGAUGAUUACACAAGUGCUCCACAGAUGAACACUGAUGUCCAUGAAAACUCUGAACAUGACAUGGAAAUUGAACCAGAACCACUGAUCGACUUCAGCCAGUGUUCUGUCACAUUAACUGGUCCUGAAUUUCUCACUCCAGAGAUUAACACUACUGUAAGUGAUGACACAUCACAGAAAGCCUCAACUUUGAUGGAAACUCAAGCUCAUCAACCAGGUCAGAUCAACAAUACUUCUGUCACAUUAGAGGAAACUCAACAGACAAAAUCAAAUUUGACACAACCAUUGAUAACGAUCCCCGUUGCUAGUGACAAAGUUAUCCAUGACAUCUCCACUAAACUGUCAAAAUUAAGCAAACAGCAAAAAAUGAAAUUUAAGAGGAGACUAAUGAGAUCUGGAAAGACAUCUGAAAAGAAAGAGAAUCAAAAAAGGAGAGAAAGAGAAAAGUAUGCUAAGAAUGAAACAUACAAAGCAAAGAAAAAGUCUUAUUCAAGUGAGAAAUAUUCUGUCAAUCCUGAAAUACAAACAAAGAAAAGACAAAAGAUCACAACUAAAUACAGAGAAAGCACAGACUUCAGACUGAAACAAAAAGAAUAUAUCACCAAAAAAUACAAAGAAAAUGUUGAAUUUAAAGGCAGACAAAAAGAAUAUAUCACCAAAAAAUACAAAGAAAAUGUUGAAUUUAAAGGCAGACAAAAAGAAUAUAUCACCAAAAAAUACAAAGAAAAUGUUGAAUUUAAAGGCAGACAAAAAGAAUAUAUCACCAAAAAAUACAAAGAAAAUGUUGAAUUUAAAGGCAGACAAAAAGAAUAUAUCACCAAAAAAUACAAAGAAAAUGUUGAAUUUAAAGGCAGACAAAAAGAAUAUAUCACAAGGAAAUACAGAGAAAAUGUUGAUUUUAAAGGCAGACAAAAAGAAUAUAUCACAAGAAAAUACAGAGAAAAUGUUGAUUUUAAAGGAAGACAAAAGUUAUAUUUCAGGAAAAAAUACAGAGAAAAUGUUGAGUUUAAAGGCAGACGAAAAGAAUAUUUCAGGAAAAAAUACUCAGAGGAUGUUGAUUUCCGCCAAAGACAGAGAUCCUACUUCAAUCAUCGAUAUUCAAAUGAUGAAACAUUCCAUCACCGACACAGACAACUGAUGAGACAAAUAAUGCGAGACAGGUAUAAGACAAAUCUUGCAUACAGGACUAUGCAUAAAAUGAGGUGUGCAUUGAAAAUAUCAAAGAAAUACAAACAGAUAAGUAGACAAACAUGUGAGACUGACAGAGAGAGUGAAAACCCACUUAUUGAAAGUGCCAUAAAUGAUUUUCGAUCACACAUUAAAGCUGGUCCCACCCAUGUUUGCACAGUUUGCCACAAAGCCUCAUUUCCAAACCAGGUGCAAAAGUGCAAGAGGUCCAACUAUGUGAAAAAUCCAAUCAUGGUUUCAGCUUGUCUCAAAGGUCAGUACGUCCAUGAUUGUAACGAUGACUGCAGAAAUCACUGCACUGUCCCUGAUGAGAGAAAGACUGAGUGGAUUUGUCACACCUGCCAUGACCAUCUGAAAAAUGGAUCCAUGCCCAAACUUGCCAUAGCAAACAACUUGGAGCUUGCUGACAUACCACCUGAGCUGUGUGACCUCAACAUACUGGAGAGACAUCUGAUAGCAAAGUGCAUAACAUUUGCCAAAAUCAUUCCUCUUCCCAAAGGCAGACAGAGAGCUAUACAUGGUAAUGUUGUAUGUGUUCCCUCUGAAGUCCAGGAAACAGUUCAGGCUCUACCCAGAUUGAGAAAUGAGUCUCAGGUGAUGAGAGUAAAACUGAAGAGACGUUUGAGUUACAGAGGUCACCAUCUGUUUCAGACUGUUACCUGGUCCAAGCUAGUGCAGGCUCUGCAUAAACUGAAAGAGACACACCCCCAGUAUGAAGACAUCACUAUUAGAGAUGAGGAGGAGUUAUGUGACCCCACACUUCCUGAUGAUGGUGAUGAGGAUGAGGAUGAGGAUGAUGGUAAUGAUAUUACAAUGAAUGAUGACGACUAUGAUGAUGAGGAUUUGAUGGAAAUUGAUAGAAUUGAGGCUGCUGCCAUGUAUGAGGCUGAAACUAAUGUUGAAAAUGAGGAUGAGAACACAGAGCUGUGUGAUAAAAGUCAGACCCAGGACAAUGAUGAUCAGACACAACAACAGGAUGCAGACAUAUCUAAUGGUGGUGUUGUUUUGGAGUCGUGCCUUCAGCCACGGGAUGUUUCUGAGGAGAUAUUGUGUUUCAGUGACUCUACAUACUCAGUAGCUCCAGCAGAGAGAAACAAUCCAGUCAGUUUUUUCAAAACACCCAAACUAGAGGCCAUGGCGUUUCCUGUUCAGUUUCCCACUGGUGAGAAUACACUGGAUGAAAACAGACCAAUGAAACUAUCACCCAGUAGUUAUUUUAAAGCAAGGCUCUUUGGUGUUGAUGAUCGCUUUGCCAAAGAUACCAACUACCUGUUCUUUGCACAGUUUGUGACUGAAAUACACUUGGCUACCUCCAGCAUGUCAAUACAGUUACGCAAAGGCAAACCUUUGACCAGAGACGGACGUAAAAUAACAUCCAGAAUGUUGAGAGACAAAUACGAAGUGGAGAGACUGGUGAGAAACAGAGAUGCUAUCAGAUUUAUGCAGCCGCUCAGAGGAACACCAGCCUACUGGGACAAAACUACAAAAGAUCUGUUUGCUAUGAUCAGACAGUUGGGCAGUCCUACUUUCUUUGUCACAUUUUCUGCUGCAGAAAUGCGUUGGCCUGAGGUGAUUAUUGCAAUAAAAUCACAACAAGGUGAGGAGGUGAAUUUUGAAGAGCUCGACUGGUCCACAAAGUGUGACAUUCUGAGAAGCAAUCCUGUGACAACGAUGCGCAUGUUUGAUAAGCGUGUUGAAGCACUGUACAGAGAUCUGAUCAUGUCUCCUGCACAACCCCUGGGCAAAGUUUUUGACUUCUUUUGGCGUCUCGAGUUUCAGCACAGAGGAAGUCCUCAUAUACAUGGUCUUUUGUGGGUAGAAGGUGCACCUGUGUUUGAGAGAGACUCUGACAAAACUGUGUGUGACUUUGUGUCCAAACACAUCUCUGCUCAGCUCCCUGACCCAAACAAACAGCCUGAACUGUACAAAAAGGUCAAAGAAGUGCAAAUACACAGUAAGAACCACUCAAAGACAUGUUUCAAAAGUGCAAGUUCUGGAUGCCGAUUUGGAUUCCCAAAACCACCCUCCAGACAGACAAUGAUAACAAGACCUGUGGGUGAUGAUGAGGAGUCAGAGAGACUUAAGAGAGCCAAAGAGAAACUUGCACCACUGAAUCAGCUGCUGAAUGAGACACAAACUGAAUCCAUGAGUUUUCAACAGCUCCUGUCCGUCUGUGACUUAACCGCUGAUGAGUAUGAGAAACACAUGAAUGUGAUGAGUCAGUCCAGCAACAUCAUUCUGAAGCGUGAGCCAAAAGACUGCUGGGUAAACACCUACAACCCUCACCUGCUCAAAGCUUGGGAUGCAAACAUUGACGUGCAGUUCAUUCUCAGCUACUACAGUCUGAUCCAUUACAUAUGUACGUACAUGUGUAAAAGUGAGAACUCUGUGAGCCAGUACCUGCAAACACUCAUUCAGAACUCCGACAGAGAAUGUGUCAAUGAAUGUGAUGAAAUGAAAGCGGUCAUGCAGGCGUAUUCCAAAAGCGAGAAGUAUCAGCACAAGAAGCUGUUGCCCGAGUGA